AUGUGUCCAUCAACAGUGGCAAUUCCAUGGGCCCGUGGGUUUGUGGAGCCAAAGAGAUUCCCAAGGGCCCAAGGGCGCUCCGGAACCAAUCUCUUCCAAACGACCGUCACGAAGCAGGCGGUGCUCCUGUCCUCCAGCUUCGUGCGGGAUGCCUUUCGAGGGAUCCUCCGCGUGCGCGUCUUGAGCGCCGAAGGCCCGGCCGGGAGGUACCGCCCGCGAGACCGGGUCGAGGAUGCGGGGAGACCGGAGAGACCGUGGAGAGCCGAAGGUCUUGUUUGGGCGGUUGGUUUUGAAGAGCACCCAGUGGUGAUGAAGGCUCUUAGCAGCUUAGGCUCUUCAGAGAUGCUUUCGAUUGUAAGAUGGAUCUUGGAGAGCCAGGUGGUGGUGGUCAAGGAUCAUCGGGAUAUGCUUAAGAAGUGUGGCAAAGCAGGCAGUGUCACAGCACGCCUUGUGGCUGUGUGGGCACCUAUCAUGUGCUUUCCUCAGUGGGUGGGUGGCUUGCUCUUCGGCCUUCUUGGCUACAAAGCUGCCUGGGCAAUCUUCUCUGCGCGCAUGGGUGCAAUGUGCAUCGUUCGAAAGCUGGAUGAACAUAUCCCUUUUACGCGCGCCUUAGGCUUGUGCCACUUGCUCACUUUUGGACCCGUCUUGGCUUUCAUCAUGAACCGGGCUCCGGCUGUGCCUGUGUCAGACGCAACAAGUGUGGAUUCGUAUUUUUUGAACUUUCUGGCCUUUGAAAAGGGGGUCAUUGCCCUUUGCCUUUUCAUGGACGCUCGAGAUUUGAUCCUUCAUUGCCUUGGCUAUCCUUUUCCGUGCUACAUUCGUGAGGGGGUGCGGGCUGGCUUGAUCCCAAUUGCAGAUCCUCGAGCGAAGCACCCCGUGACCGUGUCGUCACGGCUCUUCGGACCAUAA